AUGUUGCUCGACGAGGAUCCUGGAACGCUCAUCCACCACACUAUUGGCAAUUUCAACAUCCAACCCGAUAAGCAAGCCGUCACGCGCAUCAAUGACUCGCUCGCCACCCUCCAACAGUCGCGAGACCUGCGCAUGCGUGAGGCUGAAUCAGCAUUGCGAAAGUUGUCACGCAACCUAAAAUCUCUAAACGCCCACUACGAAGAAGCCGUUGCCGUCCAUGAUUCGGGGAAACACGCCGCCGAGAUUGUCGAGCUGGACACGAAAAAGUUCCGGAUCGCAAAGGCCGCCUCUGAGCUGGAAAUUGAGAGCGAACGUCUUGAAAGUGAACUUGAAAUGCUCAAAGAGAGAUUGGCAGAUCUAGAGGCACAGGGUCUGGAGGGUGACGAGGCCACGCGCCGGGAGCGUGAGAUGGAUGAUGCGACGAUACUACGACUUAAGAUCUACCGCUCGCUUGGCAUCGAUAUCGAACCCGAUGAGGCGGGUAAUUUCAAGCGUGCUGUGAUUCGCAAUAGUCGCAAGGGAGAUGUGCAUGUCGUCAAUAUUGACCCGAAGUUUUCUCGGUUCUUCUACUCGAAUUACUUCUGGCAGACGGUACAGGGGUGA